AUGAUCAAGAAAGAGUGGAAUCCUCGAGCAUUCAGAUAUGGACAUAUUCAUAUUGGUGGAUACUCAUAUGGUGGAACUGGAGGAUAUUCAUAUGGUGGAACUGGAAGAAGCUUCGUUGAACUUGAAGCAGGUGCGGCUGGAACUGGAGCUGUUCUUGGAGCAGCAACUACAGUUAUGUUGGGUGUAGGGAAUUCAUCUGGAAGAGAAAAGUCAUCUGGAAGAAGAGAGAAGUAGAAGACCACGACAAGAGGAAAAUGGCACCCAGAUGAUGAGCGCCGAGAUGGAUUUCCUAUGUAUACUUGUUCUAAUACAGGUCGUGGCGAUGCUAUUCUUGGAGCAGAUGGAGCUGUUCUUGGAGCAGAUGGAGCUGUUCUUGGAGCAGAUGUUGGAGGAAGAGGAGGUGACAUCGAUGCUGAAGUCGAGGACUCGUCAGACGAAGAGUUUGUCUUUGAGACCUUCUCCACAGUGUACCACUCCGACGAAGAUGACAAUGAAGUUCGUAUUGAAUAUUCUUCUUUCAAGCCUAUUCCAGUUGCAUGGACCUUUGCACCCCCUCCGUCACUAGUACAACAUGGAAGACAAAAAUUACAACAGCCUCUGCCUCUGGUGCCCGCACCAACAAAUACAAACCAUGAACUACCCCAUCAUCUCGUUCCGCUAUCGCUAUCAUUGCAAAUACCCUCCGACGGACUAAGUGCUGUUUUGGCUAUUCAACGAGCAGACGACAACAAGAUCAGGGCUUCAGAUGAAGUGAAGACGCUUCCUAGCGACAGCACUAUCAUGCGUACCAGGUCGCCUGAGCACGUACGAUGGCAAAAGCGGAAAAAGGAUGCAGAGGACACACUGUUGGCGCAAAUCUUUGAUCGCCAUAGUGACGCGCCAGAAGUUCUUAACCGUGAGCUCCAUUUUUUUGGUGGUGCUGUUUUCGGUGCUGCAGCACGUUUAGGUGAAGCUGAAGACGAACUUGAGGAGGCGGACCCGGAGCAAGAUGAGCAACAGGCUGCUGCGUCCAUUCAUCCUGAUGAGACUGCGCCACCAAGAAUCCUUGAAGAGGCGAAGAGGCGAGACAAAGAGAUGCAGGAAAAAGGAGGAGCAUUCAGAGAGAGCUACACUUUCAAGUUUUCGAUCGUACCAGGUCGUGGAGGGGAUGAAGAUGGAGAGGAGCACCUCUACAAGGACGAUGCCAGUCCUCGUGUUGAUUACGUCCACAACAUGUACGAUGACGAUGAGUUUGCGGCCGUGCGGGAGCAUUACAAAUGGGCAUGGAAGGAGGUGGACCGAAUGAAGGCCAAACAGCAAACAGGUGCAAAUGUUGAGGCAGGAGACAAGUCUGGGUCCUUCGACGCUUUAGUUGGAGAUCGAGAAUCAGAUCCAUCUACUGGAGAAACUACGUUUUUACAAGCAGCUCUUAGUUCACGACCUGGUGGAGGUACUAGUCGAGGUGGAGGUAGUCGAGGUGGAGCUUCUUCUGGGAGAAGAUUUACUGCACUUAAGGGUCUCGACCUUGGUCCAUAUUAUCAAAGAAGCUCUAAUAAUGAUUUUCCUAGUUCCGAAUAAAAAGGCGUUGUGGAUCAUGCUCUAUACCUACUAAAAUUUGAAUAAUAUGAUCGCCUCCACCUAUACCUAUGAAUAUGAUGUAUUACAAUUUGAAUAAUAUGAUCGCCUCCACCUAUAGACCUAUUACAAUUUGAAUCAAUAUGAUCGUCAACGAUCAUUCAAGAUAAUCAUGUUAUUAAGUUCUUGUAGUCGUAGUGAUGAAGAUUAUGCUCCUUAUGAUGAUGAUCAUGAUGAUGAUGAUGAUGAUGAUCAUGAUGAUGUGCUUCAUCUAUACUUAUCCCUCUAACUUCUCAGCUUCAAGGACCAAAGCAGCUCCUCCUCCUACGCCAAAAAAAGAAUCGACGCCACCAAAAGAUGAGAAUGUUGAAGCAGCAAAGAAAUACAAAGGUCGGGUUCUUACUACGCGACACUUUCCCUUUCCACCCGCUAAAAAGGUAGAUGAACAUGAAGACACAGGAGUAGACAGGAGCAAACCGCAUGCACAAGAUGGAGAGCCUUCAAACAAGCAAAAGAAAGAGCUGCGUGACUCGUCCUCCGAUUAUCUUCUUUUUGACAAGAUUAAAAAUACAUGGAGCAGUGCCCAGCAGUUCUUCCAGCUGGACGAAGAGGCCCGCAGAACACAAAUCAGGGCUGACUGGAAGACGGGACUAAAAAUGCCACCACAUGAUUAAGGCGAUAAUUACUUCUUUUUAGAACAAGAUAUCACUGCUCUCAGUUGUAGAACGACGAUUAAUACAAGUUGUAGAACAACAUAUCACUGUACAAAACAACUGAACAUAUGUACUAUCACUACAAACAACAUGAACAAGAACAAGUUGUAGAACUAGAACAAGAUAACUUAGAGGACACUAGCACCAUCUUCGUUCCAACCUGAGGUUGGACAGCAACAUUCGACGUCUACUACUACUGUUAAUGCUUGUAGAUACUUUCUGUUAAUCUCAAUGACAAUCGUAAGAAAGCGAACGUUGUGGUAGCUCUAACAUGCAUGGUACGAGGUUGAAGUCACGGUAGAACCGUAUGUAGCAGUGCCAGAUGUUGCACAGGACGCAGCAGCAGAGGAAGAAGCAACUCCUGACGUUGUAGGGCAGCCACCUUCAAGACCCAGCAGGAGGAGACUCAUCAACAUUCGGAACCUCCUUUUUCCGUCAAGGAAAUCUUUAAGCAGCGCAAGCCCCAGGUCAGCAAGCAUAUGAUAAAAAGAUCCCGGCUGGUCACCGGGGUCCCAUAGGGACAACACUAACGCGCGAAACAUCGAAAGAUGACCUGCGCACUCCGAUCCCCUUAACGGGUCGGGGCAUGGAUGCCUUACGCUUACUGCCGCGACGGUACGGCCGAGCUGUCUGGUGCCGCGAACUGCGGCGCGAUACUUUCUCCCCUCCCUGGCUGGGAGGGUCUCCAAUGGAGCCAUACUUUGGCCGCUGCUGCGCAGGGACCUAUCGCUGGGUCCUGUCGACGUUGAGAGUGCCCCUGCUUCAUGGUCGACAGCGUCUGUCCACGUUUCCUGGUGCCUGCGGCGAUGCUUCCCUCUCUGUCUUGAGCCUUGUGUGAUCAUUAUUGCCACUGGGCAGGCUCUGCUCUCGUUUAUGUGUCUGUCCUUGAGUGACGAGAACCGCCAUUCUGUUCCGAGGGAGUUCGUCCACAGUGUUUGAGAGUACCAAAAAAGACGACCGAAAAAAGUGGGGUACAUUUUCGGUCGAUGUUUUUCGUUCCGGCCCUUGAGAUGAGAAGAUACCCACGUCUGUCGUGCUACGGUGAUGUGCCUUCUGGUGAGAGUUGCCUGCUCUGGAUGAUCGUCUGUUCUCCGAGAGAAGUAGCUGCUCCUGUUGAGGAGAAUCGUGUCUGUUCUGAGUGGGUCCGCGAGAACCUCUGCACGAGAGACUACGUGUGCCUCUGUCCUCUGAGCCUUUCUUCUGGUAGAGAUGACUCCUGGGGAGAGUCGCUGAAGCUGCGCCUUGAGAUUCUGCGGUGUGGCCGCCGUGGUUUGGAGUUCUGCUCGCAAGUGACACAUCUCCGCCCUACCUCGACAGAAUGCAUGCAUGGUUUUUCCUCCUCUGCCUCCUUUGAGUAGAGCCAUCACAUCACCUCGUUACACGUAGUCAUUUAGUACCUUUCUCCUCUUCUUUUCCUAGUAUUGUUCUUGGUCGCACCUGUUUCUCUGGUAUCAUAGAUCCCUCUCUUGGCUCGUCUCCCCGGAAAAACGCGAUGGAUCCGAAUACGUACCCGUCCAGCGGGCUGCACCAUGCAUGGGGUCCGCUACAAGGGGCUUCCACGGGGCAUCCGUGGUGGUCUCGUCCAAACAUGCCUCCGACCCUCGUGCCCCCGCUUCCGCACGGUUUCUCCACCCUCCCGCUACCGGUGCCGCCGAUCUUCCUGGUUCCUGGAGUUCCGCCACCACUUCCGCCUACCUUGGCUCCAGCAACCCCCGCUUCAACGGUUCCUCAUGCUCCCUUGGUGCGGGCGCCACCUAUGGAAAGCUGGAUGUCUCACAUGCAGGCGAGUCUCCCGGCAGCUCCGGCAGGACCUGCUCAGUCCGACACCAUCCGACCGACGAGACACCUAAGGGGGCUCCGCCUGUAUGAACAAGAUCGUCCUGCGCGUGACUCGCGAUCUCGGAGUCGUUGCCGAGGACGCAGAGGACGCUCUCUGAGGCCUGUUACACGUGCCUGCUCCCGGAGUGCUCCCCGACGGCGGUGUCGAGAUGAGGAGAGGCUACGACCGGGCACACCUGACCGUGGACCACGAGACGUAGAUCGGCCUCCGCGACGGCUACCCGGCAGGGAAAAGGCCCGCGUACGAUCCCGCAGCGAUUCCCGGCGGCGGCGUCGAGCGUCAAGCACUCCCUCUGAUCGCAGGGGGACGCGUCCUCGGGCCGACCCCUCCCCUGACCACCGCAGAGGUCAGCCUCGCUCACUGCACCGCGCUGGGGAGUUGGAUCCUGUCCCUGCUGACACCCGACGCGACGCGAACGACGAGACGACGAGUGCCUCCGAGACCAAACCGCGCCCUGCUCGGUCCGAGGUCUGGAAGUACCUCCGAGUGGAACAGCCUCAACACGCUGCGGCCGUUGCGAAACUCCUCCGUGCGAAGUUCGGGCUGGAGAAGAAAGCGGCGAAGAAGGUGCUGGGCUGCUCCUUAGGAAAAGCGUCUUCAUCUGUCAAGCCUCCGCGGGAGCAGCAACAGGAGGUCUUACCUACGGCGGGAGAGGCCCUCGCGCCUCCGCCGACUCGACGCUGGCCGAAAGGGAGCGGGAAAGGAGCCCCGAUCACUCCUAGGGGAAAGCGCCUGUACUUGGAUCGCCUCGCGCGUGAAGCUGAAACUGCCCCUCCCUCCUCCGAGCUCCAUGCCCGAGACUUGCCGAGCAGUAGUGCCACUGGGGCACCUCGUGACACUCGCGAGGGUGACUGUGGGGCACUCCCCGGAAGCAAGAUGACUCCGGUCACUGCCUCAGAAAAGGCCAGUAAGGAGGAGGUGCUCCAAGCGAUUCGUGAUCUACCGCCGUACCUCGACGUGAUGGAGAUCGGAUUCCGCCUCUACUCGAGGUUCAGGCUGCGGGAGCCGGCUCUGCAGAAGCUACUCGGGCACAGUCUCGCGACCCUCGCGCGCAAGCACAACCGGCCCGCACUCUCUGAAGGCGACGCGCAGUGGGUUCUUUCUGUCGUGGGAAAAGGCACUAGUCCCGCUGAAGGAGGGCAGUCACAGCUUGACUGGCUACAUACGCUUAACCGCAGAGGGAUUACCUCGGCCCUUGUGACCGAGUGCCUGGAUCGCCCCGACCGACUCUUCCGCCGGCUCAGUGAGGGGCGCCCUCUGGCGCUGCGCACCGGCCUGGAAUAUGGAUUCGAGGACGUCCUCACGCGCGAAGUGCGGGAUGCCCUACAGCCUGACCCCAGUGUCUCUCGUCCCUCGCCGGGGCCUCUUCCUGGGAUGCGCUCAACAGGUAGCACCUCGAUCAAGGGCGGUAUGGGUCCACCGUCUGGCCCUCCUCCUCGCCUAGCUGGAAAAGGUGUGCUGCCUGAAGCUGCGGCGCCUACUGAUGCUAGAUGCGCCAUGCGCAUCCCACGUGCGCCUUGCUCUCGCGAGAAGGGAGAGGGGACGCCUUCGCUCCUCACGUUGGACGGCGCCUCCUCCCAAUCGGUUGAAGUCCUGCCGGAUACACCGCCAUCCCAGUCCCAGUCGGCGGAAUUCGCCGGCGGCGACGCCACCCCCUGGGGUGAUGACGACUUACCCUGAGACGACACCGAAGAUGUCACGGCUUUGGGCCUUCGGGCUGUGACAUGGAACGUACGGGGCCUGCGAAACAAGACCAGCGAAGUCCUCCGCGCGCUGGUUCACUGGGACGCUGACAUCGCAGGCCUCACGGAGGUCCACCUUGAGGACGCCGAUCUGCCGCUGCUCGUACGGCAAUUCGGAAAAUAUGGAUAUGAGGUGCUUGCGCACAGUCUGCGGAAUCACCACGGGGGCGGUGUCCUUCUGCUUGGACGCUCAAGACACCUCGUGGUUAGCCCUCAUACCGGCUUUCGGAAAGUAGCUCGACUACCCGCACUAGUCGAGGCUGCAUCGCGGACGCUUCUCAUCCCGACCGUGGAUGGUUGGCAGGAGCUCUUAGUUACCGUCGCGUACGUCUCCCCCUGCGUCCGUGACCUGACCCGCGUGGAGCGGGAUGCGCUUCUACCUGGGUCCUCUGCUGCGCUUCUCCUUGGUGACCUCAAUGCUGAGCGAAAACCCUGGCUCGAGCGCUGGCAUGAUGAGGGCACGCUGUGGCGCCUCAGUGGGCCUAACCUCCGCACCUAUCCGGCGCGUCAGCCGCAGAGUUGUCCAGAUGUGAUCCUCUACCGCCCGGCACCCACUGGCGCCUGCCUCUUCCCCGACAUGUACAUGACUGAUGGAGCGGAGAUGCCCGCGGAAGCCUUACGAAGUGUCGUCUCGGAUCACCUCCCUCUCUCUGUUGACCUCCAUGCCCACUGUGCCGCGCGUGGGCACGAUGCUGCGCGCAACGACCAGCCGCGGUACGACCUCCGCCUUCUCACCGGGGCGAGGUUGCAGCGGGCCCAGGACUACCUCCGGCAUGCACUCGGCUCGGCCCCUGACGCCCAAACUGCGGACUUAGAGCAGCUGGAUGGUGAAGAGAUGACUGCCCGGCUCGACACCGUCCUCCGGGUCGCUUACUCUGAGUGUCGCAUCUGGAGACCGACUGCCAGAGGCCCAGACGGACUCAGUGGCGACUUUGACCGCCGCUAUGCGUGGCACCCGUCAAUCAACGACUUCAAGCGUGCACGAGACCGAGGAGAGCUCCACCGUGCGCGAACUCUGGCCACCCGGAUACGGCGAGAUGGGUGGCGGCGCUACCUCUCCUCCCGCAACUGGGAUGACCUCACGGGCCUGUGGCGAUACAUAGCGAAAGAAGACGGGCGCUCUGGCUGGAAUCGUGACGAGGGCCUUACCAAGCCGCUGUUCUUGCAUGGUGCAUGGCAUCACAGUCCCGAAGAUAAGGCCAAUGCGCUGGGUAGAGCCUACAGGGACAAGUUCUCAAUGCCCCCACCUGACGGCGCUCAGGGUCAAACUGGUGCUCGGGUCUUUCCAGGGGUGCGACUCGUGCGGAAAGUCACGGAGGACGAGGUCAGACGGGCGGUCUCUGCAGUUGACGCUGCUCGCGCGCCUGGUCCUGAUGGAUGGACGUCAGCAGCAUACCGUGACCCCGCCGUUAUACGAUAUCUUGCGCUCCUCUUUUCAGUCGUCUUGGAUGCUGGUGCGCUGCCGCCCACUUUCACUGACUCCAUCAUCGUAUUCUUGGCAAAGCCCGGCCGUGACCUGACGCAGUUCAAAUCUUGGAGGCCGAUCACCUUGACUAAUUCGCUCACGAAAAUCCUGGAACGGGUUGUACUGUCGCGCAUCGAGGAGACGGGUUUCGAAGAAGACCCACACCAGUACGCCUACGCCCCAGGGCGCAACUGCGAGCAGCUGCUUGUAGAACUUUUUGAUCGCGCAACGACAAACGGCGACAAAGAGCAGGCCAUUAUUGGCACAGACAUCCAGGGUGCCUUCGACUCGGUGGACCACUCCACGCUGCUGAACAGGUUGGGCGCCACGCUUACCCUGGAGCCGGCGAUCACUCGCUUCGUUGCGUUAUGGCUUGAUCGGCGCUUUCGGGUACGCCUUGGCCCUGGUGUCUCCACUUGCUACCGCCUCCAUCGUGGCAUCCCGCAAGGGGGCAUCUUAAGUCCGUUCUUGUGGAACUUAAUGGUGCGCGGCUUCUCCGCUCAGCUCAACCAACUUCCUGGGACCCAUCUUCGCUUCUACAGUGACGACGGUACGCUCCACGUUUUGGGUGCCACUCGAGCUGAGGUCGCUACACGCGCGCGGCAUGCCCUCACUCGGCUCUCUCAGCUCCUGGAAACGCGAAAGCUCAAGCUCGAACGGAGUAAGUGUGAAUGUCUCUGGUUGAACCUUCCUGAGCGCCCUCAUCGGCGACCGCAAGACGACCGUCUCCCUGGAUCGAAUCCCCCUAGACGAGCGGAAGUGGACGCUGACUGGGGUGCCGAUGGGCUCCUUGACCUCGGCGGCGCUACUACGGUCCGAUCUCUGCGAGUGCUUGGCGUUCUCAUCGACCCCGGCUUCGCCUUCACUGACCACCUCGAGUACGUUGUGUCGAAGUGUCAGCGACGCGUGCAGGUGCUGCGCCGGCUGGCAUCCUCCUCCUGGGGCCUCAGCACUGCCCUCUUAGCACACACGGCGUGUGCCUUAUUGCAUCACGUUGCUUGCUUCGGUAUCGUCGCGAUCGGCCCGUAUGUCGACCAACGUGCUGCGCGGAGGUACGACGUCCGGAUCGGUCACGUGGCGGCGCGCUUGGUCCUUGGUGUUUCCCGCACUGUCCGACGCGAGGCCCUGUACACACUCUCUGGCCUCUCCUCUUACCUCAACCUGUACCAGCAACGGGCGGCCACCUUCCUGGAUAGCGUCUUACGUGGUCCUUCUACAAGUUUCCGGUCUUCGCUGCUGACGCGACACGCUUGGCUUCGCCCUACUCACGUGUUGGGGUCUCCCGCUGACACUCACCCGGUCUCCUGGAACGAACCGGUCUCGCACCCCUUGGCCAGCGGCUGCGCGCGUGCCGCUGUUGUCGCCGCCUUAGGUAAUCUCGCGGACAACCACUAUGCCUCCGCCGCGUGUCGUGGAGCCAUCUGGUGUGGCGCCUCUGUUGCCCCUGCUGUCUCUCGUGCGCACGUUUGGACUACAACUCCGGCCACGACUGCCCGACCACUGGCGCACACCAUGGCGCCGGAGCUCUCCGAUAACCAAAUCCGGCGGCUCCCUGCGGCUUGGACAGCUGUCGGCGCUCAGCUUUUGCGUGGUAUUGGCUGGUCACCCAAUCGCAUAACGCCCCUGCGGCCUUUCCGCUCCUCGGUUCACUCCCGUCCGGUUGUCUUCCACCUUGAUGGGAUUCUCCCGCCUCAGCUCGGAGACGUCGCGACGAUUCUGGCUACGGAUGGCGCACACCUCCCGGGAACUCCUUACGGUGCGUACGCUGCUCUCAUACUCGGUCGCGGGGUUCCCUCUUCUGGUCAGGAUUCGGCGCUCCCUUCUGAGCUUGCUUGCGUCGCUGUCAACGGUGCGCUCAGUGCUUGGCACAUGGAAAUUGCUGCUGCUGCGCGUGGCUUUCGGCAGGCUCUCCUCGCUGCUUCUCGUGACUCCGCUGACCCGCUGGCCCUCGGGCCGCGCUCCCUGCUCUGGGUGUUCGACUGCCUGGGAAUCGGGCAACUCCUGGCCAACCGGCACCUUGGGCAUGAGCGGUCUUGCGCGUCUGAGCACGAGCUGCUGGACCUCUUCGCGCGUUGCUGUGCGGUGUACGAUACCGCUGCUGUCCACUGGACUCCGUCGCACAUCGGGAACCCGGUCAACGACGUGGCUGACGUUGCUGCUGGGGCCCUCCUCAAGUACGCUCCUGCUGCUGGGUGCACUCCUCCGCUUCUCUCCUCUGUGAACGUCAAAGGGGCGAUUAAGGUCUUGCUUGCCGCCGAGGAGCACCGGCUGCUUGUCACCUUGGACCACCAGCAUGACAGUGCUAGUGGCGACGUUCUUGCUGCGCUGCAGCUAUCCCGCUCGUCUGCGCGGGCGUUGUUCUUACGGCUCUGCCAGGAUCCCUCUGAUGUCUCUGCGGAACCGGAUGGGGCUGGGGCGCUUGCGCCGUUGGAGGCUCGCUGCCCCCGAGAGGUGCAGACCUUUGCCGCCAAGUUACUGUCUGGGUCGCGCUUCAAACACGCUGGCCCCUUCGGUCUGGAGCCUGUGGCCUGCUACUGUGGUGAACAGGACACGCCUCGCCACUUCUUCGGGAAGUUCUGCGCGGAUGUCACGCAGUUACGUACAACUGAGGCACUCGCGGACCUCGUUCGCUGCGCGCAUGUAGUUGAGCGCGCUGCUUGGGUGGAGCACUACGACGACCUCUUCGGGGAUGGUCUCGCUGUUGUCUAGGUUUCCGGCCUUUCGGUGGUGCGGUGCCUCGCUUUGACUGGUUUGGCUUUUCCUCUUUUUGCGGCUUACCUCUCUGCUAUUUCAUUCUACGGGACUGUGGGUUGCGGUCAGUGAUGCGUUGGCUUUUCGGAAACUAUACGAGCGAGCGGCGGCACUGUGCAGGAGUGUCGCUGCUCCCUUCCCGCGCACUUAGUAAGUGCUGGCCUGCUGCUGUCGUUGAGCUCUCGCUCCACACUACGACGCGGCUCGCCGCGGGGAGGUCCGGUGCUUUGGGGCUGCCUUGGCGCGGCGCACCGGCUUUCGACUAAAUGCCCCCGACGAUGUUUCUCUGCUUUUUUCACCGCUGCACCUGCUUACCCUUUUUCGGUGUUGGUUCGAGGUCUCUGGCUUCUUCUUACUUACCAUGACGGCACCGGCAAACGCACCCGGACCGCGGCGCCUCCUGUUAGGACUCUCCUGUAUUUGCCUAACGCGUCGUUGUGCUUCAGAUUCCGCCCCCCGGGCCGUCUGUAGGUCUGUGGAUAACCGUCUAUCCUUCUCCUAAUAAUAAUAAUAUGAUAAAAAGAUCAUGUUUCAUAAGCCUAAGCAUUACCACCAGAUGCAGUUGAGGUGUAGGUGUACAAAGUAAGUUUCUUCAUUUUAUGUUUCUACCACAUCCUUGAUAGAGUUGAAUAGAAGAUUUGUUCAUCUACUUGCUUCGUGCUGUUGUUCUUGUUUCAUCAGAAACAGAACUACAACAAGGAAUUGGAAUGACAAGUGAAAUUGUAUCAAUGAUCACAGCCCUCCUUUCUCUUUCAUAAAAAACGUACUUGGCAAGGAACUACAACAUUAGAAAAAAUAUCGCGGCUCGAUUUCGCAACGUGCUGCGGCGAACGCGGUCUGCAAAGGAGAGUGCUGCAUCUUCGCGUGUACCAGAACAAGAACAAGGUCAAAGUACUGCAAGUGCUGGACAAGAAAAAUUGCAAGAAACAGGACACUUCUCACCAGAAACUGUCGAACUCCAACAAGAUCAUCUUCAAGAAGCAUUGUUUCAAGAAGAUGAAGAAGGUGCCGAGGAAGUAGAAGAUUGGACGAAAUUCAUUGUCCAGAGCAUCGUUAGUGUGAAGGUGAGACACUUCAAAUUCGACGAAAGUUUGUGGAUGCUCUCUCACUUUCAAGAAGAUUUUAGUGAUUCCACCUCAUCAGUAAGAACAGCUGAAGUUGGGUUCUCGCUAGAUCUGAAUCGACUAAAAGACCUAAAAUUAAGGCUACCGCUAACGCAUCCUCAACACCAUCCUCGGCUUCUUUUUGAAGCGAGAAAAGGCCCGGGGAUCGAUGGGCUCAAGGAUGCGACGUGGUAGCUCUAAAAAAACAUACGAGCAGUCGCGACAUGGAAAAGAACCCAAUUUUCGCUGAACCUACGCACCGGGAAAACCCACAUGUGAAUGGUCAUCUUAAGGCUUGUUCCCCUGUAAUUCUUCAUUCCUGAGAAGAACUUUACAUGAUAUUCUCUAGUACUCACAGGACAUGGACUCUUGACAUAGUACUUUUUAGGAAGAUCAUUCUCAGACGAACACGAUGAACCCAGCAAAUAGAGUAGAUAUCCUUCUGAGAAGAACAUGAAGAACCCAGCAAGUAGAGUAAGUACUCAUAUCAUUCUCAGAAGAACAUGAACCCAGCAAGUAGAGAUGAAGCAUGAAUAUCCUGAGGAGCUCCUCCAUUAGGGUCGUCGUGCGCUCCCUGAGCAGCUCCAGGAGGGUGGUGCGCUCUAAUCAUGUGGCCUUUGAAAUUGCUAGUCCGAUUCUGGACCUCGUAAGGCAGCUGCAGCAGGAGGAUACCAAAGAUUAAGGGUUGGAAGUUGACAUCUCUAUGCGCAUCUCUAUGGCUUCUGCAAGUAGGAAAGCCAUAGAUCUGCGAGCUAGAGACGCCAACUCUCAACCUCUAAAAAGAGGGCACUACGAGCACAACGACAAGAACUGACAUUUCCAAGGUUGACGUCUUUCCAGCUUUGGAUCUGCAUUUCUCGGAACACAUCUCAAAAUUGGAGCUCGGCCUCACGUUCUUCGCAAGCAUUGAGGGACAAACGACGAGAACAGUAAGGCCGAUCUCUAAACAACAACAACAACAACUUCAAUUCUUGUCGGAAGCAGACAGCUUGGAGUGCGAGACAGAGAACUUCAUACGUUUGCUAACUGUGGCGAAACAGACAAAGAUAGCACUGCAGCUCGAAGGGGUAGACGACCAAGAAGCUCCUUCUACUUGGUCAGGAGGCAGUGGAACUGGAGGACCGUCUUCAACUUCAUCUGCGACAUCUCUUACUCCGCUUAGUCCGGAAAUUACUCCGGAAACUUCUCGUCAUUCUGGCGAGGAUACUGUAGUUGUACCUGCAGUUCGUGCACCUCCAGCUCCACCUGUUCUUGCAAAAAUACAAAAAUAUCGAGCAUGGGGGGCUCUUUCACGAUCAUAUAGAGGGUCGUCAGCGACUGCUGCGAAGAUAGAUUCCUCACAUGGAAGAACUACAACUGGUACGCCCGAAACUUCCGAAUCCGGACACGUCAGUGCUCAUGACCUUGGUGUACCUCUUAGGAGAAGUUCUAUGGGUCGUAUGUUGGACCAGGAGGAGUACAAAGCCACCGGCGCUUCUUCAAUGACGAGUCUUGUUCCGAGAAAAACUGAAUCAGAUCAUCCACAUGUUGACCUUCAGCAAACAGCACAAGGACAACAUGAUCAAGGGCGUGGUCGUCAUCUUCAAGAAGUCACUGCUUUAGAAAGACGUGGACCGAACUUUAAGGUGUAUGGUUCUACCAGUUUGGUCAUUGCACAACGCAAAGAGAAGUUAAAAACAAAACAGCAGCAUCUUCCACCCAGAAUACACGGCGUGACAGGUCCAAUACUGAAAGUGUACGGUCUAGAAACAGAAACUGUACCACUAGUGGAAGAAGCUGAAGAAGAAGUCCAGCAGGGGACCAAAGGUGGACGUCAAGAUGCUGAUAUCACUCCAGGAAGAAAGCCUGCUCAAGGAGAGGACGAACCAGGUCAACAGGAGACCGUCACGACUGACACAGAGUCCCCUGAACAGGCUGCUCGUGCAGGUCAUGGAGAAAGUGGCGCUGAUGGUGACAAGAUGAAAACAAUUGUGAAGCUCUAGAUGGCAACGUUUUUUAGAUAUUUAUUUAAUAUUACUCUUGGAUUGUUGCUCCAACAAGAAACAAUAACUUAACAAGAUGUACUCAGAAGCGGAGUAAUUCACUUCUUCUAUUGUUUCUGAUGUACCUACUUGUAAUAGUACCUCCAAUAUUGAAUUAUAAGCAAGUAGUAGUUGUAGGUAGUCCGACUUCGAUUUCAAAAUAUAAUUGUCUUUUUUUUUUCUCGUUCUUGUUCCGUUUCCGACGAAAGCCAACAGAAUUUCUUUCUCAACACCAGCCGGACGUUUAUGAAUAUUUAAUCAGAUAUGAUUCUUUUCAAGAAUAAUAUAUAUGGCAUGAUUCUUUUCAAUGCAUAGUCCAUCAGUCCAUCGCAUGAUAAAAUGAAAUAAGUGACCUCUGUCAGUUAUCAAAAAUAUGGAACAAAGUCGUGACUCACAUAUUUAUGUACUCUUACUCGUCUUAGUCUUACAUUGGAAAAAACAAAUUGGAAUUGUACAAAAACAAAAUUGACAGGGACCGAAAAGUCAGCUAUUAUUGAAUAUUGAAAUUGAUAGAAAGCUAAAAUAAUCUAUGUACUUACUUUGCGCACGACCAAUUACACACGAGCAUAUUGUGACUUACAAUCAAUUGUUGAAAAACAGAACAAGAAAGCACGAGCAUAAACAACUACUAAACACAGAACAAGAACGACAAGACCAAAAAAUGCAUAAAGAUAAGAACAUGAGGUGCAGGAUACAGAGG